AACAGAGGGAAGCUGCUGUCACUUCACCGGCUCUAAGAGGGGGAAGCACAGGACAUUACUUUGUUUGUGUUUCCCUAGUAACCCUGCAGCCUUACAAGCCAAGUAGAACUAGAAUUUCCACAUUGUCUUCAGAAGCUGAUAGAUGUGUCAUAGGAUAAUGCAGGCUAUUAAACCCUAUAACUGUAUACAGUGUGGCAAUGACUUUGCCAGUCAAACAGCCUUAAAACAUCACUUCCAAGCUAAACAUAUUGGAAGAGUAUACUGUGACAAAUGUGGGAUUGAAGUGCUCCGAGAAAAACUGAAGGAACAUGAAGAGACAGUACAUGACCAAGAUAAACAUAAAUUGGUAUGUGAGAAUCCAUACUGGGACAAACCCUUGCAGCGAGAAGACAAAUUUGUUGCAUCAGAAAAGUCUGUGUCUUGCCGGAUGUGUGGCAGGGUGUUUGGGACCUUCCACAGCAGAGAGCAACAUGAGAGACAACAGCAUCAUUUUACAGCCAGCCAAAGAGCAAGAAUGUCUACAGCAUUCUCCCCAGACAGUGUAUUGGAUCUCAGAAGCUCAGUGCAAUUACAAAAAUUUAUGGAAACAUACCUUCAACCAGAAAUGGGACUUGUGAGAAUGGCUUGUGCUGGAGAAAUAGAGAAGUUUAUUGAUUUAAUUCAAGAGUGCUGUCCCACAUCCGUGACCCGAAUUAUCAAGGGUGGCUCUUAUUUCAAAGGCACAGACACCAGAGAUUGGUCUGAUAUUGAUAUUGUGAUGUUUAGCUCUUCAUUUAUGAGCCUUGAUGACUGCAAGGAGAAGAUAUUGUCUGUCUUAAGUGAUCUGGAGUAUAAUUUGAAAUUAUCUGUAAUGACCAACAGGAUAUUGAUGGAAAAGAAGACCUCACUUUCUCUUCGAUUUCAAUUCAAAUGUUUCAAGGGUCUACAUAUUCAUCACUUUGAUGUUAUGCUUUGCUAUGAUUUAUUAGGAUCCACUCCAACCCAAGAUGUUAAAAGGAACUUAUAUCGACAAUUGUUCAAUUGUGGGGAUGAUGUAAAAAUCCAGCUUUAUUCAAUCUCCUUGUUGCAGUAUCAGGUGGAUUUUGUGAAGGCAUCUACUGUUGGUGUAAAGGAUCUGAUUCGUCUGGUUAAACAUUGGUUUAGAACCUCAUUCGCUAAGCGUACUGAAGCCAAUAGAUUCCGAAGGCUUCCUUCCUCCUACACCAUGGAACUUAUCACCAUCCAUGUCUGGCAGUUGGCAGGAAAACCCAUAUUUUUCAGCUUUAUCCAGGGCCUCAGAGCAGUGCUCAAGUUCCUGGUAAAUUGCACCGGUAUUUUCAUCAUCUGGUAUGAUCACUAUGAUAAAAACUUUCAUGUUGUGAAGAAAGCACUUCAGAAACAAAGCAGACCUUUUGUUUUGGAUCCAGCAAAUCCCACUUUGAAUGUCUGUGAAAAUAGCAAUGCUUGGGAUGAAGUAACUCAUGUGGCCCGUCAAAGUCUUCUGAAGCCACUUCUCAGUGGUGUACAGGCAAAGGUUCCAUGGCUCUUCACCAAUAAUUGGUGAUAUUUGUUUAAAAUGAAUGAAUAAAGUGUGAUAUUUAAGCAAAAUUAUGUGUAAACUGAAAUAAUAAAGUAUUUAACUUUACUGUCAUGUUUGUGUAUAAGUAAAUUAGAAGGGAUCUUAGCUCCUGCCUUAGAAAAUAGGAUUGCAUUUUAGCUGCAGAUAUUUUAGCCUAGUAAAUUAUCGAGAUCUGAUAAAUUGUGUCAAAAAAAGAUGAGAACCAGAAAAUGUCUUUGAUUACAUUAUGAUGUGUGCAAACAAAUAAUGUAAUGCGAUUUGUCCCUUAUGAUACAGAAAUUCAUAACAUUCCUUUAUUUUCAUUGAGCAAGGCAUGAGUAACUGGAACUUUAAGUUCAAAAGUUGAAGGUACAACAUUUCUGUCCUAAUAAAUAUUGAGUGUAUAUAUUAAAAAUGAAGCAUUCUGGUUAAACAUAUAAAUCUUUGAAUUAAGGUCGGGAUGGAUAUUCAGCCCCUCAAGUUUGCUCUGCAUUUGAUAAGGUCAUGACUCCACUCUCCCCAUAUAGGGCAGAAUCUCAGGAUAAGUGUCCAAUCAUUUCGGACAAAGGUGAGGAGAGUGAAGAUGUACCUCCUCACAAUUCUAAGCAGAAAGCACUGUUCUUAGAUUAUGGUCCAAAUUGCAGACAUGUAUAUGCUUUUCCCUUUCAAGAAUGCACAAGAACAGCUGUUAAAAGUCUAGACUGUGUGUGCUGUGAAUGAAGGUAUAUAUUAUGAGGAUCCUUGUUAUCUCUGUGCAGCAAGUAAAAAGAAUGGAAUUCUCCCUUUCACUUCCUUUGUUCAAACCAGAAGGCAAUUGAAAGGACACAGGACAAGAGCUUUUCAGCUGACCUACAAAGGCAAGUUUCUCAAAAUCAAAUGUUCACUUACAAACCUGUACAACAUAACAGCCACAACAUUCCACUGUUUAUUCUUCAUAAACAAUCCUGGGACAUUUAUCUUUUAACUUUGUAUAUUUUUUGAACUCACCUCUUGUUUAUAAUUUGUGUGUAGUGUGUUUUGUAAUUAAUUCUUCUUACAUCUAGUAGUUAAACUUAUUCUUUCGUUUAAUAAAAAUGAAAUUAAAAAAAAAUUGUGUUAAUGAUCUAAGGGUCACUCGACCCAAAAUGUUAUCUCUAAUUUCUCUCCACAGCUGCUGCCAGACCUGCUAUGCUUUUCCAGCAAUUUCUGUUUUUGUUAAAAAAUUAAUUUGGUCUUGAAGAAAAGCAUUCACAAGAAAUGGA